GUGAGAGAGAGCGCGUUGAAAUAUACAAUAUACAAGCGAGUAGCCAACAUGUUUGAUUAAGCUUCUAAAAUGAGUGGUCAUGAUGUGCAAACCAUGAUGUAACUGCUAGCCAGACAUCACUGUGCAUUGAAUGGACUCCCGUCACCCUCUAAGUAAAAAUAUUUGUUGUUUUUUUUUUUUUUUAACAGCCCUUCUUCUUGCCUUCUCCGGCAUCCCAGCAGCAACGCCCUGCAACAUCCCUGACCGGCGUGCGCAUCCAGAAGCGUCGAGCGACCGGCUCGACGGCUGCACACGUCGAGCUACUGUUGCAGCAUCUCAGUUCGCAUCCUGUGGCGCCAUCCCACAAGCCUCGAGGAGGAUCAUCAUCGUCCUCCUCUUCGUCAACAUCGACUGUACUCUCAUAACGAAUGGAUGCCAUACGAACGGGAUCACAGUGGGGUGAAGCAGGGCAAGAUUUUAAACUCAGGAAUUGCCAGUGCAGAGGAUGCAGGAUGAUGAUGAUGAUGUUGACAUGAUGAGCAGCUGCCGCACCCCGGGAGAUAUUUUGACAAAAGAAGAAUCCCUUCUCCUUUUUUCCCACUGAACUGGAUUCUCCGUCAUAGCACCGGCUGGGACUGUUUGUUGGAGCUUCUGAUGUGCUGGGAUUGUGUUGUUUUUUUCCUGAAGGUGUACCUCCUGCGGACUGUUGCUAUCCCAUCCUGACAGGCGUCUCACUUGCUUAUUUCAACACACAACCAUAACAUGGCAGAGAAGACGAUGGAGCAGGGCUCCGUCAGCAUCCCCAUGGAGGAAACCAAGCUCCACAGCGGGGCCCCCCAGGAGGCGCCCCUGCUCACCCACCUGAAGAAAGUGGAGAAUCACAUCACCGAGGCCCAGCGAUUCUCCCACCUCCCACGACGCUCUGCUGUGGACCUGGAGUUCAACGAGCUGUCCUACACCAUUCGCGAGGGUCCCUGGUGGAGAAGGAGAGGUUACAAAGCCCUCCUCAAGUGUCUUUCUGGAAGAUUUAACAGCAGAGAGCUUAUUGGCAUCAUGGGGCCAUCAGGGGCGGGGAAGUCCACCCUGAUGAAUAUCCUGGCAGGAUACAGGGAGACAGGCAUGAAGGGCCAAAUCCUAGUGAAUGGCCGCCCGAGAGACUUGCGAACCUUCCGGAAGAUGUCCUGCUAUAUCAUGCAGGAUGACAUGCUGCUGCCGCACCUCACGACUAGGGAGGCCAUGAUGGUCUCUGCCAAUCUGAAACUCAAUGAGAGCAUGCAGGUCAAAAAAGAACUUGUGCGUGAGAUACUGACAGCUCUAGGGCUGCUGGACUGCGCUCAAACACGUACCAACUCUCUUUCGGGGGGUCAAUGUAAAAGACUUGCCAUUGCCCUCGAGCUGGUCAACAAUCCUCCUGUCAUGUUCUUCGAUGAGCCCACAAGUGGACUGGACAGCGCGUCGUGCUUCCAGGUGGUUUCCCUCAUGAAGUCGCUGGCUCAGGGAGGGCGGACAAUCAUCUGUACCAUUCAUCAGCCCAGUGCCAAGCUCUUUGAAAUGUUUGAUAAGUUGUACAUCCUCAGUCAAGGUCAAUGCAUAUACAAGGGAACAGUCCCUUACCUCAUCCCUUACCUGAAGAACCUGGGCCUCCACUGCCCAACAUAUCACAAUCCUGCUGAUUUCAUCAUUGAGGUGGCAUCAGGAGAGUAUGGAGACUUGAAUCCGGUGCUGUUCGAGGCAGUCCAGGGUGGGCUGUGCUCUGAGGAGGGCAAGAAGAACUCAAGAGACAAGAGUGACCCCUCCUGUCACUCCCAGUGCCACAGUGACACAGGAACCCUCGAGAAACAUAGCUUUGCCACCAGUACAUUCACACAGUUCUGCAUCCUCUUCAAAAGAACCUUCAUUACAAUCUGCAGAGACACGGUGCUGACCCACCUCCGAGUGAUGUCCCAUCUGUUGAUCGGAGUGCUGAUCGGUCUGCUUUAUCUCAAAAUCGGCAACGACGCCAGUAAAGUCUUCAACAACACGGGUUUCCUCUUCUUCUCCAUGCUCUUCCUCAUGUUCGCUGCUCUGAUGCCCACCGUUCUAACUUUUCCUCUGGAAAUGUCUGUGUUUGUAAGGGAACACCUCAACUACUGGUACAGCCUCAAGGCCUACUACUUGGCAAAAACAGUGGCAGAUGUACCAUUCCAGGUGAUUUGUCCAAUCAUGUACUGCAGUAUCGUGUACUGGAUGACUGAACAGCCUCCAGAGGCUGGUCGCUACCUGCUCUUCGUGGCCUUGUCCACAUCUACAGCCCUGGUAGCCCAGUCUCUAGGGCUGCUUAUUGGCGCUGCGUCCACGUCUCUGCAGGUAGCGACAUUUGUAGGUCCGGUGACAGCCAUACCUGUGCUACUCUUCUCUGGCUUCUUUGUGAAUUUUGACACCAUUCCCAAAUACCUACAGUGGAGCUCCUAUGUCUCUUAUGUCAGGUAUGGAUUUGAGGGCGUGAUACUCUCCAUCUACGGGAUGAACCGCACUGAACUUGAGUGUCCGGGUCUGGUGUGUAAAUUUCAAAAGCCAGAGGAGGUCCUGCAACUGUUGGAUGUGGAGGAUGCAAAGCUCUACGUCGACUUCAUGGUGCUGGGCGUUUUCUUCUUGAUUCUCAGACUGGCCACCUACCUGGUCCUGCGGUACAAAGUCAAGUCAGAGCGUUGAGCAGAUCAUUGAAAAUAUCAGUUCAACGUUAUCCAUAAAACUGCUUGUUACUUCAUGAAAACACUUCCUCUCUUAGUUGUUUCAUUGUUUUUACAAUCACUAUCACUGUCUAGGAGGAUACUGACCAUUCAUGAACAAUGACUGAAAACACGAAAAGCAUGUUUAUUUAAACUAAGGACCAGGAAUGCGUGCUUGUUUCCAGGAAAGUGCCACAUCAAUUCAUACCAAUGCUGGUAAACCAUCUUGGUGCAGGAACGUCCAAGUACUUGUUUCCCCUCAAUGCCUGGAUAGUAAACCCGGAUUGGUGUUUAAUCGGAUAACACCCAUCCCGAUGCCCAGAUUUCAAGAAUAAUACAUUCCAGAGAAAGUGGAAACUAUAAGUGCCAGAAUUUUGUCAGCUUCUCACUUUUCUUGAAGAGAUUUUGGCUUUUCCUUUUUUUUGAGAUACAAUCCUGACAUAACAACUGCCACAGGAUGACUUUCCAUUUCAGGGAUGGAUCAUUUUUGCAGCAUGAACAUGGCAUUUGGAUGCGGCUGAAGGACUUGUAAAGAUGUCAUUGUCAGAGACUCGUCUGGAAUAAUCAUUCUGCUGUCAGUACUUUGACUCUGAGCCUGCUCCUUGUUUGUACCGGGAAGCAUUCACAGAGACAACCAUAAUGUGAAAACAGGCAUGACAGCUGCUUCCGGCCUGAUGAGCUAACUUAAAUGUACUGGCUGCAAUUAGAAGAAGUGCAAUAGCCAUGGUUAGAAAAAAAGAGAUGCUCAUCUUUUGAAGCAAUCCUUCCAAGUACUUCUUUCCUCCUCCGUGAGCUGCAUAUUUUUGUCCUCUCUCUCUCUCUCUCUCUCUCCCCAUCACUCGGCUUUGCUGAUGUCUGACUGAUGUGUAUUUUCCAAAAACAAUGCAAGAUACUUGAAAUGCUGGCUGGGCGGAUUGUGUGCCUCUGAACUAGAAUGAUAUGAGCUUUGUCUGCUUCAGUGCUCGAUGUUUGCGCACACAAUUUAUAUCAGCAUACAUGCCUGUCUGUCUCACACACACACACUCACACACACACACCUACACACACACACACAAACACACACACGUGCAUCCUUGUUCCAGGGCAAUGCAACUCUUUUUCAGUAGACUUGCAAUGAAAUAUUUCUUACUCAAUCUAUGCUACUUAGUAAUCCUUAUUAUAUUGCAUAAAACAAUGUAGGCAUAUAAUCAACAAUUGUACAGUGGCUAUGUUAUGCUGUGAAAAAAAUGUACAAUGCACUUUUCGAUAUAUGCUUUAUUAUUAUUAUUAUUUAUUUGUAUUUAUAAUUUUAUUUUUUGAAAGCUUAAAGCUUGGCAAGCACUGCUUGGAAAGUAUAACGAGAAAACAGCAACAGAAUGCUGCCUGUUCACUGUAUAGGAACAGAAAUGUCAUGGUAUAAUUAUGUCCCCAUAUAAAUGUUAGUAUUGGAACAUGUUAGGGGGCAGAUGCAAAACCUUUUAAAAACCUGAGGAACCUCAAGUGUGAAUGAAAAAUGAAGGCAUGAAAGAUAAUGUGGAGAUGCAAUCAAUAAAUGAGGGCAAGGAUAUUGAAUAAUAAUAAUUGUUAUUAUUAUAACGAUAAUAGUAGUAAUAGUAGUACAGGUAUUAUUAACAUGAAUUGUGGAUAAUUAACAAUGAUAGAUAAUUAAAUAUAAUAUUUUUAAGAAACAAGUGUAAUAAUGAUUGUUCCAUAUGACUAAAACAGCCAGCGGUGGUGUCUUAUUUCAGAGAUAUGAUAUGAAUUGCAACUCCCUUUCCGGAAAGUAAUACAGUAGCCUGAUUGUGUCAUUAUAGCAAUAGAAAACAUUGUGACUGCUUGAUUGUUGAACAUCCCACUGCUUUGGCGUCAUGAAUAUGUUUUUUUUUUUUACAAACAUAUUUAAGCACUUUAAUUUAUUGACAAUGUUAUUACCGUAUGUGCAACAGUAAUCCAAAUGUAUUGUAAUGCAUUGUAGAAAGAUUUUUUUGUUUCAGGUGUAUGAACGGGGGUGACUUUUAGGGAUAAAAGCAGAACAACUAAAAUUUACUGUAGAUGGGUACUUCAAAUGAUGUUAAUGCCAUCGGGAAGAUGUUGCCUUUUAAUGCCAGACCCCGUCAGGAUAAUUAGCUCUCAAGUGCAGGAAAUUGCGGCUGUACAGGAAAUAUUACAUAGUCAUUUUAUUGCCAACACAACAGAUAAGUGUUUUUACCGUCCUCAAAUUAGAUGAAAACCCAUAGCUGCCUGCUGACUCUGCAAGAUGUAAAAAAAAAAAAAAAAUGCAGAAGAAGAAGAAAAAAAGAAGCAGAUCGACCCAGGAACAAUGCAGCAGUGUUGGAAGUCAUUAACCAGUGUAAGAAAGCCUUGGCUUCUGCAUGUUUGAAGACUUACGCACCAAAGAUGGGAAAAACAAGAAUAUUGUCUCCUCUGCUGCAAAUUCUACAUUCAUAAUGGCUGCACUUCUCACAGGGAUUAUGUUGCCUCAUCAGUUUCCUAACCAAAGAAAAUGUCCUAAAUAGGCUUUCACUGAUACAUUUAUGCAGUCAUUAAAAUAUCAACUAUUCCAACAAUGGCUGGAACAAUUCAAUCCAAUUUUACAUUCUCCUAAACUGGUGUUAUUAUAAGUCUAUUGGGUACGCCACCACGGCAUUUAGCUCCACUAAUUGAAUCAGAUCAUGUAUCAUAUCAGCAGUAUUAAGGGGUUUUGGAAUUGAAUCAAGAUGCAGCAUAUAAAUGCAUGUUCAAAGCAGAAAGUACAAAACUUUUCAUUCAGCUUUCAUUGCCAUAUUACUGUUCCACCUGUCACCGGAAUUUUCCUCGUGUGAGAUUUAUUUGUGUACAGAUCUUCUUAUGUACAAACCUUGUGGCAGAAUCUUGAAAGGCUGUUACAAAGUUUUUGUCUGUUAUGAUUUGUGUGUCAUUUACUGUCCACCCCCCCUUCCCCUCACCUAAUUUAUGAACAUGCUAGUUCUGUAUACUGAAAGCUGUUCUAUCAUUAUAAUAAAACUCAUUUAUAACCUU